AUGAGGCUGGGGACCAGUGUAAAGAGGCAGGACUACAUCCUCCUUCUAACAGAUGGUGAUAUGGAAUUUCUUAACGAGGGAGAUAUAUUAGGAUCCCCCUUCCAGGUCAGAAACACUAGUCUUUAUUUGGUCAUUACAGCACAGAAUGGCUUGGUCCUGAUUUGGGAUAAAAAGACAAGUAUUACUAUCAAGAUCCCAGAACAUUUUCAAAAUAAUGUGUGUGGGCUCUGUGGAAAUUAUGAUGGCAAUUCAGUCAAUGACUUCAGUACCAGAGGACAUUUCAUAGUAGAAGAUGUUAUUGAAUUUGGUAACAGCUGGAAACUGUCAUCAACAUGUCCAGAAGCUGAAAGCCUGAUAGAACCCUGUGAAAUUAGCCCACACCGGAAAUCCUGGGCACAAAGGGAAUGCAGUAUCAUCCUCACUGACUUAUUCAAACCAUGCCAUUCUGAGGUUGACCCUGAAAGCUAUUAUGAUGCAUGCGUCAAAGACUCCUGUGCCUGUGAUGAAGGUGGAGAUUGUGAAUGCUACUGCACUGCAAUAGCAGUGUAUGCUCAGGCAUGCCUCUCUCAUUGUGUUUGUAUUGAGUGGAGAACUCCAAAGCGUUGUCCUGUGUUCUGCGACUACUAUAACACAAAUGAAACACAGUGUGAAUGGCAUUAUAGAUCUUGUGGAGUUGAUUGCAUAAAAACCUGCAGAAACCCAGCUGGAAACUGUGUAGCUGAACUUUCCAAAGUGGAAGGAAAUAUUGCCUUGUUUAUGAGAAAGUUCAGAGUAAAACUGCUGGACUGGUUAAAGCUGACAAGAAGGUGA